AACCAGUCGUCGACGCUCUGCUCCUCUUUCCUCUGUCUUCUUUUGCAUUGCUUCCUCAGCUCCUGCCUCCACGCCCCAGCCAGCAGCUCCAUCAGUCCAUCAGAAAUCUUCAUCGAAGAUUUGCAGAUCCGCGGCCCAUUACUCCACGCCUCCACCGACCACUGUCGUCCGGCUAUUCUCCUCCGUGGCUCCGUCCGUUCACCGUUAUAUAUUUAUAGCCUCAGCUUCUUCACCCCACUCAAAGGAAAUUCUGGCUCCGUCCCUGGACCCAAGUAGCCAAACCGGGGUAAAAUUGGUUGAAAAACGAUGGCAAAGAGAGAACUCCAGGAGCAGUGGUUCCCCAGCAGUCUUCUAAAUUCUUCCGAUCCUUUGCCAUCUAAUUUAUUUAUGUGAAUUUUCCAUGCAAUUAAUCAUUGAAUUUUCUGUAUGAUAAUUACUUGUUUUCAUUGAGGUGAGUAAAAGUGUUCAAUCAUUCAUCUGGAAGUUUCAAAGCUAUGGAAACCUCAAUAGUUGCAGCAACCGAAAGCAAUCAACCCUCAGGUUCGGAUUCGGAUAGUGAAGUGAAAAAGAGGAGUUGGGAGCAGAGGGAAGCUCUACCUGAUGAACCUAAAUGUGUUAUAUGUGGUCGUUAUGGUGAAUAUAUAUGUGAUGAAACCGAUGAUGAUAUCUGUAGUCUUGAAUGUAAAACGAUUCUUUUAUCCCGGAUUGAAAAAUCUCGAAAGCCAACACCCUGCCCGCCUCCAGUAAGAUUUCCAGCUACUGAUGAUUGUUAUUAUGUUCGGGAUGAUGAUAAAAAAUCUGAAUCUAAAUGUCUGGCUAGUGAUCAAGCUGAGUUGUUGCGGAGAAAACUCAAUAUUGUAGUGAAGGGUGACCUUGUUUCACCUCCCAUUAUGUCGUUUGGUUCGUGUGAUGUUCCUCGAAAGCUUCUUGAUAACUUGGAAGCUGCUGGAUAUGAAAUGCCAACUCCUGUGCAAAUGCAAGCCAUCCCGGCUGCUUUAAUGGGCCGGAGCUUGCUUGUUUCAGCAGAGACUGGUUCUGGGAAAACAGGGUCAUUUUUAAUUCCUAUUGUUGCGAAUACUGUGAAAUUGAAUCUAGCUUGUUCUGAGAGGAAGCAGAAACCAUUAGCAAUGAUUCUUGCACCCACUAGGGAGCUCUGCAUACAGAUAGAGGAACAGGCUAAGGUGCUAGGGAAAGGUAUGCCUUUCAAAACUGCAUUGGUUGUGGGUGGUGAUGCAAUGGCCCGACAACUUUAUCGUGUUGAACAUGGGGUUUCAUUGAUUGUUGGUACUCCUGGAAGGCUUAUUGAUCUUCUGACGAAACGUGAGAUUGAAUUAGAUAGUGUUUCAAUGUUUGUUAUUGAUGAAGUAGAUUGUAUGCUGCAAAGGGGCUUCCAUGAGCAAGUAAUGCAGAUUUUUAGGGCACUUUCUCAACCUCAGAUAUUGAUGUAUUCUGCUACGAUUUCAAGAGAGGUGGAGAAAAUGGCUAGCUCAAUGGCAAAACAUUUAACUGUUAUAUCGGUUGGGCAGCUGAACAAGCCUAAUGGAGCUGUGAAGCAGCUUGCUAUCUGGGUGGAGUCCAAACAAAAGAAGCAAAAACUUUUUGAUAUUUUGACAAGCAAGCAGCACUAUAAGCCACCAGUUAUAGUAUUUGUGGGUUCUAGACUUGGGGCAGAUCUCCUUUCUGGGGCAAUAACAAUUAGUACUGGACUGAAAGCUGUUUCAAUUCAUGGUGAGAAAUCCAUGAAGGACAGGAGAGAAAUUCUAAGGUCAUUUUUGGUUGGAGAUGUGCCUGUGAUCGUUGCCACUGGAGUGUUGGGUCGAGGAGUUGAUCUCUUGAGUGUAAAACAAGUAAUAGUGUUUGACAUGCCAAAUUCCAUUAAAGAAUAUGUCCAUCAGAUUGGAAGAGCAUCUAGAAUGGGAGAGGAAGGUACAUCAAUUGUAUUCAUAAACGAGGAAAAUAAGAAACUGUUCCCGGAGUUGGUUGAAAUCCUAAAAUCUUCUGGGGCUGCCAUUCCAUCUGAGCUUGCUAAUUCAAAGUAUAGUGUUGGCUCUUUCUCUGUUGGCAGGCAUCAGAAGAGAAGGAAGUAUGGAACUUGAAGUAGAUUUAUUUGCUUUAUAUCUUGUACCCCGAUCCUUAUACUUGUUCAAUUUUCAAAGAUUACAGUUCACGUUAAGGAUACCUGAAGUGACUUGCUUGUGAUCCUCAGAAUUCUAUUGUACUGAGUUAUCGCUAAUGGAGGCCCUGUGUUAUUUGAUAUUGGGGCUGCCAAAUGCCAGGAUAUGUGAAGCAGCCACUGGUACAAACUACAAAGAGAGGCAGCAUACACCGUCAAUCAUAAAUUCAAGAACAAGCUUGAGAGGGGGUAACCCCUGCCAAGUUGGCUAAGGAUACAAACUUGUAACCACAAGGUCACGAGCUUGAAUCCCAGCCUUCUUGGUAUGAGCCGGUCAGCUAUGGGUAACCUAGACUGGUUUACGUCUUUGUAAUCCUUUGCCGGCUAGGGUCACAACUCACAAGGCAGGGUUCACCCAGUGCACAUCUUCGGGUAGUGGCUGCAGGUUUUCCUCGGGCACCCCAAAAAUGAAAAAGCUUGAGAUAAUCAAUGGUUAGUAACAUUACAAUUGUAUACAUUUCUUGAUCUUGUGUUAGUGUUGUGAACAUAGCCUUAAAUCAUUAGUGAACCAGAGGAUAUUGCCUUGUCUUCAACUUCUGUUUAUUAAACAUGCCCAAUAGAUACACUGCAGGCUAGGUGGCUAGCCCAUCAGUUUGUGUACUUCUUUUUCAA